AUGAGGACCGCCUGUCUCUUUUUGCUCCUGAUCACUGCUUGCUGGGCUCUGCCCUUCCAUCAAACCGGAUUCCUAGACUUCAUGAUGGAGGAUGAUGCUGGAUCAGGCGUGAUACCAGUUGGGGAAACCCCCCGUAGCGAUCCUGUAGGACCAAAGUGCCCAUUCAGAUGCCAGUGUCAUCUACGUGUGGUCCAGUGCUCUGACCUUGGUCUGAGGGAAGUACCUGCAGACAUUCCAGAAGAUGCCUCCUUGGUGGACCUGCAGAACAACAAGAUCACUGAGAUCAAGGAGAAUGACUUCAAGCACCUUAAAGGAUUACACGCUCUGUUCCUUGUGAACAACAAGAUCACCACUAUCCACCCUAAAGCUUUCAGCCCUCUGACCAAGCUGCAGCGCCUCUACCUGUCCAAGAACAUGCUAAAGGAAAUGCCAGCUAAUAUGCCCAAGAGCCUGCAGGAGCUCCGCAUCCACGAGAAUGAGAUCACCAAGAUAAAAAAGUCCUCCUUCCAGGGCAUGUCGCAAGUCAUUGUGAUGGAACUUGGGUCUAACCCUUUGAAGAGCGCAGGAGUGGAGGCUGGAGCUUUCUCUGACCUGAAAAGGGUCUCUUACAUUCGAAUUGCAGAUACUAACAUCACAGAGAUUCCCAAAGGUCUGCCUAGCUCUCUGUCUGAGCUUCACUUGGAUGGAAACAAGAUCACCAAGGUGACAUCCAGCAGCCUGAAAGGCCUGAAGCAUCUGGCCAAGCUCGGUCUGAGCUACAAUGAGAUCAGCUCUGUGGAAAACGGCACUCUAGCUAAUGUACCACAUCUGAGAGAGCUGCACCUUGACAAUAAUGCUCUGACCAGUGUUCCCCCUGGCCUGCCUGACCACAAAUACAUCCAGGUGGUCUAUCUCCAUGCCAAUAAGAUUGCUGCUGUGGGAACAGAUGACUUCUGCCCUCCUGGCUUCAACACCAAGAAGGCCAUGUACGCCGGGAUCAGCCUGUUCAGCAACCCUGUACCUUAUUGGGAAGUUCAGCCGGUCACCUUCCGCUGCGUCAAUGAGCGCUCUGCUGUCCAGCUCGGAAACUAUAGGAAGAAGUAGAGCCCAGCUCGUCCGCGGGAAAGAAUGUGUUUAUAGAUGAGAGCAUGAACGUUUUGUAAGUGUGUGUUAGAUCAUAACCCCACAACACUGAUUUCCACCACUUCUGAUGUCCAACUCUGCCCCUGUACAAACGAUGAUGGUAUCAGUUUCCACACUUCUUUCAAUAUUCUAGCCAAUAUGUCCCGGAAUCACAACAUUACACUAUCGCUAUUUAGCUUCCAGGUUUGUCCGGCGGUUAUACACACAACUUAUAGUAAACAGCAGCACAUUACGGUGGCACUCACACACAACAUAUCCUUCAUGGUACCAGUUAAGUGAUGCAUUUCUUUUUUUUUUUAUGUUUUUACAUACAUGCUUUAACACAUUCAUUUGCAUAACAUAUAUAAUGUUAAUAAAAUCAGUGAAUCAACAUGGAGAUGAACCCAAACCAAAAAGACGCCUCACUCAGUGGAGUAAUGUUACAAAUCCCACAAAGGUCAAAUCUUUCAACUUUUAUACAUCGUACUAGAGCUGGCCUGCAGAGCAGGCAGCAAGAGUAACCUGUGUUUUAAACUACAUUAACAAUUGAUUUUCUGCUGUGUAGUAGAUAUGUCCUGUGUAAUAGGAAUGGCUUUAGGAUUGUAACAUCAAACAAACUGCACAGAACUCAAGUUUCUAUUUGUAUUGUAUUUUCUUUAAAUAGAGAUAAAAGCAAAAAUGUCUCGUUCCAUAUUGUGAUUUCUUUUGCUUAAAGCAAAGCUGUUUUAGUUUUCAAAUUUUCUUCAUCAUAUUCUAUCUUCUGUUUCUCUUCCUAGUGCUUCCCUCCACACAAGGUGAGAAGAGACUAAACAUUUUAGAAUAAAUAAUAUGUUUUGAAAAGAAGUCAUGUCCAAAGAUUAUAUGCAUGAUCUUUAUUUCUUUUUUUUACCUUUCCAAUAGAACCAAGUGCUUUUGAAUUUACUUGUUUAUGGGCUCAUGUAUUUCUCUCUUUUUUUACUUGUUCUUCCUCUCUUUAACAGUCAUGAAAAUUGGAGGGUGCACCCAGCACCCCUGUUGGUGUGAAUGUUGUAUGUAUAGACGCUGUAUAUAAAUGUAUAAAAACCUCUCAAUGCUUAAAGGCACAAGGCACUUACCUUAGCUCAGACUUAAUAUAUCAGCAGGAAAGGUUUUUCUCUUUUUUCCAGGAGCAGGGGCUCCAGCUAAGGUGUCCUAAAUAAAAUAAAAGUACUAAUAAAAGAAAAG